CAAGGCUGUACAUGCUCGCAACAACCGGAGACUGUCGAAAUAAUAUCGUCCUCCUGGAAAUACACGUCGUCUUGCCCAAUUGGUCCAAUCGUUAACAUGUUCAUCGGUCUUUGCGGAGGCAUAUGCGCCGGCAAGUCGUCUAUCGCCUCCUAUCUUAUUGAAGAAUACGGCUUUAAACGAAUAUAUCUUUCCCGUACUACUGGAACCCCUGCUGUGGAGAAAUCAGCCUCAGACGCUCACGUGCCAUCCGGAAAAGCAGAAGGCGAAUUCAACUUUCCCGAUAUCGACACUCUACUUGAAUUUGUAACCUUGCGAUGGCGAGAACGUUGGGUGACUACUGAUGUAUGGGAUGAAGAAUCCGUUGAUGUUUUGCUUCGCCGCCCAUUCUUCCUCUUGAUUAGCGUCGACGCACCAGUGAGCGUCCGAUGGCAGAGAUUCAAGGCAAGAUGUGUGGCAAAUCAGCUCACACCUCCGACUCUAGAACAAUUCGUUCUCCGCAACGACGACCACCUUUUUGCCCCGGGAACUGGUUUGGGGGCUCUCAUCCAACGGGCGCAGCUGAAGCUUCUGAAUUCUACAAAUUCAAUCUCUUCCUUAUGGACCGCUCUAGGCUUACUCAACCUUCCUAACGAAGCUCGUCUCCGGCCCAGCUGGGAUCAGUAUUUCAUGCAAUUGGCAGACUUGGCUGCGCACAGAAGUAAUUGCAUGAAGAGGCGCGUCGGAUGCGUAGUUGCCAGAGAAAAGAGGGUCAUUAGUACUGGAUACAAUGGCACACCCCGGGGCAUGACCAACUGCAGUGAAGGCGGUUGUUCACGGUGCAAUAACGCAUCAAGCGCUGGGGUUGGGUUAUCAACCUGUUUGUGUCUCCACGCGGAAGAAAACGCACUACUAGAAGCUGGACGAGACCGCAUUGGAGCAGGGUCCAUUCUCUACUGCAAUACCUGCCCCUGCCUCACAUGCAGUGUCAAGAUCACCCAAGUCGGUAUUAGUGAGGUCGUCUAUAAUCAAGGAUAUCUGGUGGAUACAAAGACAGCUGAGAUAUUUGCAGAGGGUGGCGUCCGUCUACGUCAAUUCACACCACCCACUGAGGGCUUGGUUGACCUCUCACUAGGGGCGCUGCCUGAAACUUUUAGUUCAUUAGACAUGAUAGCUGGAGCGGAAGAGGAAACGUCCAAAGUAGCAGACGCUCGGCAAAUUCUCGACGAUGAGAAUUUCAUCCGGCCGAUAAGAUAAUUUUGGAAGGUUAUUAGCGCAAAAUAAAGAUGACCGUCGUUCUUCCAAUGCAAAUGGCUGGCGGGUAACGGAAGAGCGGGGGUGCCCUGAUUGCUGCACCUUUUCUUGUGG